AUGUCUUACUUUACCAAAAAAAUUGCUGAUUGGAGUAAUCCUAAACAAAAAAUGUACUUGACACCUUUGUCUUGUUCACCCGAUUCUGAUUCUUCCAAUUCUUCCACAGAUUCAAUCAAUGCCAAAAAACAACUUUUCGAACUCCCCGCCAACAAUUCUACCCCUACUUCAAACAAAAAAUCAUCAAAAUCAUCAAAACACAACAAUUCAGCUAAACUCUCAACUGCUUUUGACAACGUCGAACAAAAAUCUUUGACUGGUAGACUUAAUGUAAACAUUGUUGAAGGUCGUAAACUCAACGUUAGUAAUUUUCAAUCCAGACCUUAUUGCGUGGUUGAAUUCGAUCGUGAUCAAUUUGUAACUCGUGAAGCAAUUAGAGAUAGUGACCUUCCAAUUCAACGUGGUGGAAAACCCGUAGAUUUCUUGGAUUUGGUUCGUGCUGCUAGAUGUCCAAUAUGGAAACAAAAAGUUACCUUUGAUGUCGCGCGUCUUGAUAGCGAACUUCAAGUUUCUGUUUAUGAACGUGUUCAUCAUUUGGAUAAUGCUCAAACUGAAGUUUUCCUUGGAACAUUAAAAAUUCAACCUCCAAAAAAACCAAAUCAGCCAAUUGACGGUUGGUUCAAAUUAUCUCCAAGAGGUAAAGAAUCAGUUACCGGUGAAUUGCAUGUUCAGAUCACUUAUGAAUCAGAGAAAUCAAAUCUUAAACCAGGAUCUUUUGAAAUUCUUAAAUUGAUUGGCAAAGGAAACUUUGGAAAAGUAUUUCAAGUUCGUAAAAAAGACACAAAUCGUAUUUAUGCAAUGAAAGUUCUUCACAAACAAGAUUUGAUCGAGCGUAGAGAAGUUGAACACACAUUAGCUGAAAAAAAUAUUCUUAUCAGAGCCGAAUCUUGUCCAUUCUUGGUUGGUUUGAAAUUUUCUUUCCAAACUCGUACUCAUCUCUACUUGGUCACUGAUUUCAUGAACGGUGGUGAAUUGUUUUGGCAUUUACAAAAUGAAGUAAGACUCAAUCUUAAACCAGAAAAUAUACUACUUGAUGCUACUGGUCAUAUAGCUCUUUGUGAUUUUGGUCUUUGUAAAGAAAAUUUAGCUACUGGACAAACAACAAAUACAUUUUGUGGCACAUCAGAAUAUCUUGCUCCUGAAGUAUUAGCUGAAUGCGGUUAUGGUAAAUCUGUUGACUGGUGGAGCUUAGGAAUAUUGUUCUAUGAGAUGAUUGCCGGCUUCAGUCCUUUCUACACCAAUGACACCCAAUUAAUGUAUCGUAGAAUAUUGUUUGGUAAACUCAAAUUUCCAAAAGGUUUUUUCAGUGAUGAUGCCAAAAGUUUAAUCAAAGGCCUCCUUGCACGUAAUCCUCACAACAGACUCGGAUCAAACGGUGAUGCAGAAGACUUGAAACGUCAUCCAUUUUUCGCCAAUGUAGAUUGGAAUGCAUUAUAUAAUAAACAAGUACCACCACCAUUUAAACCAAAUGUCACCUCAGAAGAUGAUACUUCAUGCUUUGAUCCUGCAUUCACAGAAGAACAAAUUGAUUAUUGGCCAUCUCUAACCAAGAACAUAAGUAGAAAUGGUACAAAUGCUUCUAUAGCCAGUGAAUUAAAUGACACCUUUGUUGGUUUCACUUAUUCAGGAGAACCAACCACUACAUUAAAUAUUGGUGGAUGUUGUGGCCUUCAAGUUAACAAUACCGUUGCAUCCAUUUCUCCAGUACAGGUUAUUGGAGGAGAAGAUGAUAAAGAAGAAGAUCUAAAUCUAUAUAACAAUGAUAAUGUUCCUAAUAUUAUCAGUUAUAUUAACAAUAUUAUUAACGAUAUUAACAACGAUAUUAAUGAAAUAGGCAAUCAUAUUAAUAUUAUUAAUCAUCAUAGUGAUGAUAAUAUUUCUUCAUAUAAUAACACUCGCUCAUCUAAUAAUACUUUCUUACUUGAUAAUACUUACUCAUAUAAUAACACUCGCUCAUCUAAUACUUCUUUGCUUGAUAUUGUCACCAAUAAUACCUUUAAUAUUUCAUAUUCAUCUUUUUCUUAUCCAAAAGAAAUUUUUGAAUGUCUUAUCGCAAUCAAUCAUCCAGCGCUAGUUGGCAAUAGCAAAUUUAAAAAACUUUAUUGGGCUAAAGAAGUGGAAUCGGCUUAUAAUGAAUGGUCUAAUUUAGCAGUGGCAGACGAUUAUGAUGAUAAAAAUAGUAUUAGUAGUAGGAGGGAGGAAUGGUUGAAAUUAAAACAAGAACGACUUCAUAAUUUACAUUUGGA